GGUGAGCGCGCUUUGACACAAAAGAAUCACGUACAACCAUUGUCACGGCAAAGGCGUGGGAGAAAGGGGUGAUGCUUUCUUUUUCUGCUCUGUUUCCAUCACGCGUCUUCUAUUUGAAAAUUGAUCAUCAUUGUCUAUUUGGUGGCAAGGCAUAAAAUCGUGGCGCUCGUAUUUUGGGGGCAAUAGCAGUGCGUGGGUGCGUGGGACGUGUCACUGAAUACUAAUUACCGCCAAUCACAACCGCCCCCCCCCCCCUCGAUUCGUCUUCUUAUUUUUCCAUUAUUUCAUUAUUUCCUCGAUGCAAUGCUGUGAUGUUAUGUUUCUAUUCACUGGUUGUCGUUGCGGUGGGCGUCCUGCUUGUGUCGGUGUUGAAACAGCAAUGUGGAGCGGCAAGAGCGCGCCUCUGCUCCUCUCCUGCCUGCCGCUCAUGGCUUUGUGGAUAACCAGAUCGGUAAAGGCAGACACCACUUCUGAUGCCUUCAAAACCAACAUCACCCUAUUCACACGCAUCCUUGACAGCCUGCUCGAUGGCUAUGAUAACCGUCUUCGCCCUGGUCUAGGAGACAGGGUCACCGAGGUGAAGACGGACAUCUUCGUCACCAGUUUUGGACCUGUUUCAGACACAGACAUGGAAUACACCAUCGAUGUUUUCUUCAGGCAAACCUGGAAAGAUGAGAGAUUAAAAUUUCAUGGACCAAUGAAUAUAUUGCCUCUCAACAACCUGAUGGCGAGUAAAAUCUGGACCCCCGACACUUUCUUCCACAAUGGGAAGAAGUCUGUGGCUCAUAACAUGACCAUGCCUAAUAAAUUGCUGAGGAUCAAAGAUGACGGGACGUUGUUGUACACAAUGAGGCUAACCGUGCAUGCAGAGUGCCCGAUGCAUCUGGAGGAUUUCCCAAUGGACUUUCACUCCUGUCCGCUUAAAUUUGGCAGCUACGCCUACACAAUCUCGGAGGUGACUUACGCUUGGACUCUAAAUGCCUCUGAUUCCGUAGUAGUGGAAGGAGAAAGCUCGCGUCUGAAUCAGUAUGACUUACUUGGGCAAACGGUGGGCCAGGAAACUAUUAAAUCAAGUACAGGUGAAUACACGGUGAUGACCGCUCAUUUCCAUUUGAAGAGGAAGAUUGGCUAUUUUGUCAUCCAGACCUACCUCCCAUGCAUCAUGACCGUCAUCCUCUCCCAAGUGUCUUUUUGGCUGAAUAGAGAAUCAGUGCCGGCAAGAACUGUAUUUGGGGUAACCACGGUGCUCACGAUGACAACGCUGAGUAUAAGCGCUCGCAACUCCCUUCCCAAGGUUGCAUACGCCACCGCCAUGGACUGGUUCAUCGCUGUUUGCUACGCUUUUGUCUUCUCUGCUUUGAUUGAGUUCGCCACAGUCAAUUACUUCACCAAGCGCGGCUGGGCCUGGGAUGGAAAGAGUGUUGUGACCGACAAGAAAAAAGAGAGGACAUCUGUGAUCAAGAAGAACAACGCCUAUGCUGUAGCAGUGGCCAAUUAUGCACCUAACAUUACCAAGGAUUCAAGCACGCUUCCAACCAUUGCUAAAGGAGGUGCUUCAGAAUCCAACAAGGUCAAAGGAGACGGCAAGAUCCCCGACAGCAAGAAGACUUUCAAUAGCGUUAGCAAAAUUGACAGGAUGUCAAGGAUUUUGUUUCCCGUUCUCUUUGGUUCCUUCAACCUGGUUUACUGGGCCACCUACUUAAACCGAGAACCCGUCAUCAAGGACAUGGUGCCCUCCACUUAGACGCCAGCUUCAAUAAGUUCUGGUCAGGAGGCCUCAGAACCAAAUACCUCCAGCAACUGUGUGUACGUACUUUUGCAGAGUGAUGUCCUGGAUUGCAGUGUGAUCCUCUAGCUCCGCCUAUUUUCUACACCGUCUGCAGCACUUUUGACAACUCUUGUCUUUUGUAAAUGUCUGUCUAUUUAUAUUCCCUUUUCAUUGUGUGAUGACUUCUAUUAGAAUGUGUAUCUCCCGUUUCCAGUUUAAGUAUGUGACCACUGUACAUACAAUAUCAAUGUGAACACAAACAUAUAUAAUGGUUUAACGUCACUUCUAAAUUCGGAUGUAAUCAACGCCAUUUUCUUGAUGUUUUCUUGUGUCUUUUUUUUUUUUUCCGAGUGAAAGAGAUUUUCUGAUUAUGUUUUUGUUACGUUUGACUGUCUUCUGUUUUGUCAUUCAAAAGUGGCCUGACUUGUUUUGUCCAAGCCAAUGCAAAAACACAGUUGUAUAGUGUUGUUACAGAAUAAAUGUUUUAUUACCCGUGACCAUCAGCAUGGAGCUCUAAUCAAUAUUUCAAAACGAUAAUAAUGUUUAAAAAAAAAAGCAUACAAGUAAACAUAUUCAUUGUGUUCCUGGCUAAAAUUGACACAUUUUAUAAUAAUGACUGACAAAAAUGUAAAGUUUAAAAAUGACAAUUUAUACAAAGCUGAGAUAUGUGUUCACGAAACAAGCCUUAAGAUGCAUUUCCAUAUAUGACCACUAAGAGAAGUAAUGGUGCAAGGAAAUCAGACAGAACAGAAUUUACUGCUGUCACAUGUAGCCUAUAAGAAAUAAAAGGGUGUGGGGUGGACAUUUUUUGAUAGAAAGUCAGCAAGGUUACCUUAAGCAGACUAUCACCAGUUAACUUUUAUUUUUUAGACAGUAUUUUUCAAUCAAGUGUUUUACUUUUUUUUUUUUUUUUUUUUUUAAAUACAAUUUCACAAUGGUUGUGUAGCGAGGUGAGAAACAAAACCAAAACUGUAAUAUUGUUGUUGUCAUAUAUAGUAUAAAACAUUUAUUAUGUGUUUACUUACGUUGGGUUUUAUUUACUAUAUUUUAAUUCCUGCAUUAGUUUGAAAGUAAAAGAAAAAUUCUGAUGAAUUUAAAAAAAAAGUGACAGUCUUUUUCUAGUGUUGUAAUGUGAAAGGAUAUGGCAGUCUUAUUGUGGUUUGUGUUACAUUUUUUUCUGACACUCAGAGAGGAUAGAAUAUUUUGUGACCUUCCGCCCCUCAUCAGUAGCCAGAUAUUGUGCUUUCCCUUUUUUUACCCACUCAACAACAAUCUAUUUUUUAUUGGAUUUUUGGAUCAAAUGUUGCAUGGCAUAACACUCUGGCUUGCUUUCUUAUCCCUCUCAACAUUCCUUCGUUUCAGACUUAUUGU